GCACUCGCUCGCACCAUGGCCUCCGUCUCCGAGCUCGCUUAUAUCUACUCUGCCCUCAUUCUGCACGACGAUGAGGUGACGGUCACGGAGGAUAAGAUCAAUGCCCUCAUUAAAGCAGCCGGUGUAAAUGUUGAGCCUUUCUGGCCAGGUUUGUUUGCAAAGGCUUUGGCCAAUGUCAACAUCGGGAGCCUCAUCUGCAAUGUGGGGGCUGGUGGACCUGCCCCAGCGGCCGGUGCCGCACCAGCAGGAGGUCCUGCCCCAUCCACUGCUGCUGCCCCAGCUGAGGAGAAGAAAGUAGAAGCAAAGAAAGAAGAAUCUGAAGAGUCUGAUGAUGACAUGGGCUUUGGUCUUUUUGACUAAACCUCUUUAGUAACACAUUCAAUAAAAAGCUGAGCUGUUAAAAAAAAAAAAA